UCACUCAUUUACACAAUUUCUCUUAAAAGAAUUAAAGAAGCUGCAGUUGAUGGAUCCCAGAGCAGCUCUGGUUUUAAGUUAAUUUUGAUUUAGUUGAAUUAUAUAGUACAUUUUAUGCACGCCCAGCAAAUCACAAGACAGAGACAUCCCUUGUUUUCAAGCUCCAAUUCUCAUUUCUUCCUAUAAUUAGCUCUUUCCUUCUCUCUCUCAAAGAGCAUGCGUCCAUUCUCUGGAGGAAACGACUACUCCAAAAAUAGAAUCUCUGCUUCACCUUCUAAAUCAUACCCUACAUGCUCAUCUCUUUCAUCUCAAACACUAUCACCUAGAAAAUCCAUGGAAGAAGUUUGGAAAGACAUAAACCUACCGUGUCUUCAUGACCGGCCCACCACGACCCUAACGAACGCCGGAAACCACCCUGCUUUUCCUGGUAUGAUCCUUCAAGAUUUCUUGGGGAGACCUUUCAGCAAAGACCCAUCUACUACUGAUCAUCAACAUAGACCCUCUUCUUGUGUUAGUCAUGAUAGGGGUAAUAAUGAUUUCUUGAAUUCUUUACUAGGACCACGACCUGCCACUAUGUUGAGCUUGAAUUCUGCCUCCCCUGAUUUUCAAUUCCUUGAAAACACUCUCUUUAGAAAAUCAAAUCCUCCUCAGCUACGUAGCCAUCGUUCUUCCUCCUCUUCCCUCGAUGCUCUUCCUUCUUCUUCUUCUUCUUCACUUCGCACUAAAAGGGCUAAAGCUCAAAGUCUUGACAAUUCUACUGAUCAGAGAAGUAAGCGAAUGAUGAAGAAUAGAGAAUCAGCUGCUAGGUCCAGAGCAAGAAAACAGGCUUACACGCAAGAGUUAGAACUAGAAUUAAGUCAUUUACGAGAAGAGAAUGCUAAUCUAAGAAGGCAACAAGAUAAGUUGCAGACAGUUCCUGUUAAGCUUCCAAAAAGGAAGAGUCUUUACAGAACCUUAACCGCUCCAUUUUGAGAAGCAAGAUCUCUUCUGUUGCUAAAUAGAUACAUCGUACAUCUCCAUCGAGCGGUUGGAAAAGGAAGGCCAAGAAGGAGAAAAGGUCUCUUGGAUCCCAAGCUACAGGACAAAUUUAUGGGUAUUUUGUUAGCUUUUUUUUUUUUUAUUUAGAAAAAAUAUGACUUUCUUGUCUACUUUAUAUGUUGUUGCUUUUUCUUUUGCUUCCUCUCCUUAUCCCCUGAUAAGGACCAAGGACGGGGGUAUUGUAUUGGGGAAGAGAAAGUGCAAAUAGAAAUGCUCUGGGAGGAAACGCCACUCGCUAUCUUGUUUGCCUAUAUUUAUUAAUGUAGAGAUGGGACAUGUUUGGCUAUCAAAUAUCUCUUUUUCUUGUCUA